CCCCCGCCGCCAAGAUGGCGGCGCCCACCCGGCUGUGCCGCCGCCUCUUCCCGCUGCUGCUGCUGGCGAUGGGAGCGGCCGCGGCCGCCGGGACCCCCGGCACCUCGGGCUGCGGCUGCAGCGCCAGCCGGGCCGCCGGGGACGGGCGGGAGGCGGCUGCGCGGCGCUACUCGGCGGCAGCGGCGGCGGGCAGCGGGCGGAGCGCCGGGCAGGGGCCGAUGGUGCUGAUCCCAGCAGGGGUGUUCACCAUGGGCACCCAGGAGCCCCAGAUCCAGCAGGAUGGAGAGGGCCCUGCCCGCAGAGUCCACCUUGGCAGCUUCUACAUGGACCAGUACGAGGUCAGCAACCUGGACUUCGAGAGGUUUGUCAACUCCACGGGCUACAUCACUGAGGCAGAGAAGUUUGGUGACUCUUUUGUGUUUGAGGGGAUGCUGAGUGAGGCAGUGAAGGCUGACAUCCAUCAAGCAGUGGCAGCUGCUCCCUGGUGGUUGCCUGUGAAAGGAGCCAGCUGGAGGCACCCUGAGGGCCCUGACUCCAGCAUCUCCAGCAGAAUGGACCAUCCAGUCCUUCAUGUUUCCUGGAAUGAUGCCCUGGCCUUCUGCAGGUGGGCAGGGAAGCGGCUGCCGACGGAGGCUGAGUGGGAGUACAGCUGUCGAGGGGGGCUGGAGAACAGGCUUUUCCCAUGGGGCAACAAAUUGCAGCCCAAAGGGCAGCACUAUGCCAAUAUCUGGCAGGGAGAAUUCCCCACCAAUAACACAGCAGAGGAUGGGUACAAGGGGACUGCACCUGUCUCUGCCUUUCCCCCCAACGGGUUCGGCCUCUACAACAUGGUGGGCAACGCCUGGGAGUGGACGUCGGACUGGUGGGCUGUGCACCACUCCCCCCAGGACCUCCACAACCCUGCAGAUGGAGGUUCCUGCAGGGUGAGAUGUGUGGGAUCACAGAUGCUCUGUCUCAGCAGAUUCCAGUUCCAGUGUUAGAUCUGCUCCUCUCCCAGUUAUCCAGGAUGAGUAAAUCCCUUGAUUUAUGAAUAUGACAAGUAAGGCCACAUAGAGUUUGUCACUCAAAACCCCACCAAGUACAGUGGUUUUUAUUUGCUAACAACUUUCAAAACACUUUCAGGUUUAUUUUUACUCCUGGUAAUUACUUGUGAAGGCAAGACAAUCAAUUAUGGAACCCCCCCCAACAAUCUGUGUGCAGAAUUCCAUCCAUUCCUUGUAACCAAUCCCCAGCAUAGCCCAGAUCUCUCCAGUGCUAGAAAGCUGCUUUGAAGAUUUUGGCUGUUAAACUUAAUAUGUUAAAAAACUUUGCCUGAGCUCUGACCCUCUGGAAGAAUUCAGAGUCUUUUCAGCCCAGAGAACACAUCCUAUAUUUAGGUUACACUGCCUUGUGCUCUGCAGAGACUGGAGAGCUGGGCUCUGAUAGAUCUGGUGCUAAUCAGUUCUAAUGUCUCAGAAGAUAACUGCAGCCCGGCUAUUUUGGGACACCUUUUCACAUGAGGAGAUGCAGUUUCCUUACCCAUUGAACCAGAAAAACCCUUUGGAAUUCACUUUGAAGUGCUCUGUCUCAGACACUGGAUUCUGACAAUCAGUUUGCAUAUGAAGAACGCCUAAAAGCCUCAUUGUUAACACCUCAUUUUUAAAUACUUCCUGAAGUGUCUGGGUUUAUAACUUGAGCAAACUCUUGGAGAGAGCAAAAUUCACAGGACAGUUGUUCCCCAUCAUCACCUUAAUCCAGCAGGGAAGUGUUGCUGCCUUGGCAUCAUCAACACCAAAGUGUCUCAAAUAAAUAAUUGUAAUAAAGGUGCCUCACUGCAGUCACAGGGUCCCACAAUGGUUUGGGUUGGAGGGACCCUAAAUCCCACCAGUGCCACCCCAGCCAUGGCAGGGACACCUCCCACUGUCCCAGGUGCUCCCAGCCCCAGUGACCAACCUGGCCUUGGGCACUGCCAGGGAUCCAGGGGCAGCCCCAGCUGCUCUGGGCACCUGUGCCAGGGCCUGCCCACCCUGCCAGGGAACAAUUUCCUCCCUAAAAAUGUAACUGAUCCUUUAGCAGAGAGGGCAGAGUGUGUGUGUGAGGUCCAAUCAAAGCAUAGUCCCUUUAGGGACUUGUCACUUGUGGUGACUUCUGGCUCUGAUUUUUGUGUGAGCUGCAGUUCUCUGUUUGAAAAUUGAUUUCUCUCAAAACAGGGUAGCCAUGUGGCUGUGCACUGAAAAUCACCAUGCACCAUCAGAAAGCAUUUGUUUAAUGUAAUCAAAGAAAUACAACUUUAUUUUCAUUAACAAAAAAAGCUUCUGGGGUUUUUUUUUAGUAACUUUUAAAAGAACAAUCCUACCUUUAUGAGCCUUGGUAAUGGAAUGCACAAGCACUUAUGUAAUCAGACUGAAAUAUGUCUGUUGCAGUAUUCUAGUACAGAAUAACCUUGUUAAUUUGCAGUAAACUCCGGGGUUUAAAUCUGGGAUCAAAGUCUGGACAGCUCUGGCCCUCUGCACCAAUGUCCUUCCCCUUCAGUACCAGCUGGUGCACUUCUCCAGGUCAGGCCAUAAAACAGUGGUGGUUGAUAGAACAGAGAUUUGCUUGUUUUAAUCAAAGGUGACCUUAAUUGCUGGGCUGUGAUUAGCUUUUAUGAGGGGAAGCACAGCCAAGGCAGUUUCCCUUGUCUGUCAGGGAGAUAUGUGCACAAGCAAAUAUUAACACUGCAAAUGCUGCUGCUGAUGUCUCCUGGUUUUCUUGGCCAGUUGUCUUAUGAUAAACUCUUUGCCUUCAGUGAUUUUAAACAGGAGAAUGAUGUUUAAAAAUGGAACAGGUUUAUGAAGGACACUACAGCAGAUUUCUGCAAGUGAGGUAUUUCAGGGCUGCAAUCC